AUGUCGAAGCUGGUGAAUCUCGCCGUGAUUGGCGCCGGUGUCGUUGGUCUGGCGUUCAUCCGUCAAUUGGCGGCGCUCAAAACCAACGUCACUUUUAACGUCGUCUACUUGGCCCGCUCGCUGAAGGAGGCCGUCUACAACGACGACCACUCCCCCAUUAACCUCAAUGCCUACCAGCUGGCGGCCGCCAAGCCCGUGUUGUCGGUGUCUGACCUUAUUAGCUUCCUCACCAAGGCUAACAAGCCCACCAUUCUCGUCGACAACACCUCGAACCCGCAAUUGGCCGAUGCUUACCCUCAGUUUGUCGAGGCGGGUAUUUCCAUCGCUACCCCUAACAAGAAGGCGUUUUCGUCGGAAUUAUCGCAAUGGAAGAAGAUCUUCGACGCCUCGGCCAAGCCCGGGGGCGGGUUGGUCUACCACGAAGCCACCGUCGGCGCUGGUUUGCCCAUUAUCGGCCCGCUUAAGGAUAUGGUGUUGACCGGUGACAAGAUCCAAGUUGUUGAAGGUAUCUUCCUGGGUACGUUGUCGUACAUCUUCAACGAGUACUCGACGACGCUGCCUUCGCAAGUGAAGUUCUCCGAUAUCGUUGCCAAGGCGAAACUGUUGGGGUACACUGAACCCGACCCUCGUGACGAUUUGAACGGGAUGGACGUGGCGAGAAAAGUCACCAUUGUCGGGAGAAUUGCUGGUGUCCCCAUUGAGCUGCCCACCGCGUUCAAGGUGGAACUGUUGAUCCCGGCUCCCCUCGAGUCGGUGUCGCUGGCGGCGGAAUUCUUGGAGAAGUUGCCCCAAUACGACGACGAAAUGCAAAAGCUUAAGGACGAAGCGUUUGCCAACAACCAGGUGUUGAGAUUUGUCGGUAAAGUCGAUGCCACUACCGGUGAAGCGUCGGUGGGCAUUGCCAAGUACGGCUUUGACCACCCCUUCGCCGGGCUUAAGGGCUCCGACAACGUGGUGCUGAUUAAGACCGACCGCUACCCUAACCCGUUGGUGGUUCAAGGUGCCGGUGCCGGCGCUGACGUCACCGCCCACGGGGUGUUGGCCGACACCGUGAGAAUCGCCGAACGCAUCGCCCAAUGA